AUGUUGUUAAAGUCAGGUGUUUUAAAGGAUCCAGUAGUCUGUCUAUCUGCUAUUGUUUGUUAUCCAAGGAUUUUUACUACUAUGAAUGAAGUAAAAGCAGAUAAUGCUUGUAAUUUGUGUGCUCCAGUAUCUGGUGGAGAAUCUUUUGUUCAGCAAUCUGUUCCAGUGAGUCUGAACAAGAGAUGUUCAUCUUCAAUUCUUCAGUCAACACCUGAAAUUGAAAAGAAGUAUGUUCACCGUGUUUAUGAUGCAAUUGCUCCCCAUUUCAGUUGUGGAAAUGGGAAGUACUUGGGCUUGAAUCCCAAUUGUUACUUUAUAGGAUGUGAUAUUAGUGCUCCUCUUAUCAAUAUUUGUGCAGACAGAGGGCAUGAAGUUGUUGUUGCAGAUGCUGUAAAUCUACCUUACCGAACUGGUUACGGUGAUGCUGCAAUAUCUAUUGCUGUGUUACACCACCUUAGUACCGAGUGUAGGAGGAAGAAAGCAAUAGAUGAAUUAGUCCGAGUUGUUAAAAAGGGUGGCCUUGUGCUAAUUACUGUUUGGGCAAGGGAACAAGAAGAUAGUUCAUUGAUUAACAAAUGGACGCCACUUACCGAGAAUUAUUUGGAGGAAUGGAUAGGACCAAGUAGCCAUCAAAUUCGUAGCCCCCCUUCAUCCUUCACCCUAGAGAGCAUACCAGAAGUUGAGGAGAAUGGUUCGGGAGAGCACCUAAGAGAUUUCAAAGAACUAUCUUGCAGUAUGAAGUCUCCAGGGACUAUACACUUAGCCUCUCAAAGCCAGGAUCCUUCUGAGAAAGGGAAAAAUGGUGAAAACCAGCAAGAAUAUUUUAUCCCUUGGCACUUACCUUAUCAUCGUGCUGAAGUCAGUGGAGCUUCUGCUUGUGCCCUUGCAAAUGGUUUGGCAACAAAAGAUGAUAAAAAGGGUGCAGUAGUGUACAAUAGAUAUUACCAUAUAUUCAGUGAAGGCGAGCUUGAAAGGUUAGUGUCUGGUAUGGACAAUGCGGUCGUUGUUGACCAAUUUUAUGACAAAUCAAAUUGGUGUGUUAUUCUUGAGAAAAGAUGA